AUGGCUGUCUUUCUGAAGGAGGAGGGGAUCACAGAGUUCAGCUGUACAAGAGGAGGGGAUCACAGAGUUCAGCUGUACAAGGUUCUUUGUUCAUUAGGCUACCAUGUAGUCACAUUUGAUUAUAGAGGUUGGGGUGACUCUGAGGGAAGCCCUUCAGAGAAAGGCAUGACAUCAGACGCUCUCUUCCUCUACCAGUGGAUAAAGCAGCGGAUUGGCCAGAAGCCCCUGUACAUAUGGGGUCACUCGCUCGGCACAGGAGUGGCCACUAACCUAGUGAGACGGCUCUGUGACAGGGGAACGCCCCCAGACUCCCUAAUUUUAGAGUCACCCUUUACCAAUAUCAGAGAGGAAGCCAAGAGCCAUCCCUUCUCUAUGGUUUACAGAUAUCUACCAGGCUUUGACUGGUUCUUCCUGGAUUCUAUAACUGCAAAUGACAUUCGCUUUGCCAGUGACGAGAAUGUCAACCACAUAUCCUGUCCAGUUCUGAUCCUGCAUGCAGAAGAUGAUGCUGUUGUACCCUUCCAGCUGGGAAAGAAGCUGUAUGAUUUGGCAGCUCAGAGCAAGAGUCUGAACGGUCAUAAGGUUCAGUUCAUCCCAUUCCCCAGCUCUCUGGGCUACAGACACAAGUUCAUCUACAAGAGCCCACAGCUACCAAAUAUACUCAGUGAUUUUCUCAGUGCGCCGCAUCCUCACGUGUAGUCAGGAUCAUUUCAGCUGACUGCCCUCUCUCACACACUCUCAGUUACACACACAUACACAAUGUACAUGAUCUGCACCAUGUACUUCAUGUGUACAUGCACACACAAGCAUGGACUGAAGAUGCACCAGUUCUUUUGCAUUCCUUUGUUAACUUAAAACCUACGGAGGGAGAAAGUUAUUGUCAUUUGGAGAGUGACAGGGCUGGGUGAUUUCUUACACCGCUUCCUGUUGCCAUGGUAACAGAUCUGAAGGGGCAGCUGGAGCACAAAGUAUGCAAAAUAAUAUGCAGAUAUGCACUGAAAUAAUGCUUAAGUCAACAACCCUCUUCUAAGGAGAGACAUAAUGAUAAAGUUUUAGCGAUGGCACUGCGAAGACCACGCAAGGAUUACAGUCAAUGGGAAGAAGCAGGACAACAUAUUAUAAUGAUGUUAUUGUCAGUGCUUGCUGACUGCGAUUCACUCCUUUUUUAUGAACAUACAAUAACAAACUUGACGACAAUAUCAUGGACCUUAUUUCAAUUCUGAAAUCCACUCAAUGUAAACAGCGAGUUAUUUUAGGUUGAACUUGAAUUGUGUACAAUAAAUGUCUUUUCUUUUUUUUCUGUCUUUAUUUUUCUCCCAAUUUAAAUAAUGAUUUAAAUUGCAGAAUUUUAUGCUGCCUUGGCAUUAAAACUGUGAUAUUUUUAUGGGAUGUAUUGUGCUUGUGCUGUUGUGUUUAGUUGAUACUAAUGCAACUCGGCUGCAAUCAGAACCGAAUGCGCUUUUGAAAUGAC